CAAAAGCAAACCAACGAACGAACGUCAAAUUUGAAAAUUGUUACUUGUUGAAAGCCGAAACGCGCCGGAGGCAGAACCAGAAUCGAACUGUCCUCUAUCAUUGUUCCAAAAAUCUUUCAGAUUCGUCUGGUUCUCAAGUUUGAAGGUUAUUUGCUGUCUUAAAAGAGAUUUCACCAUGACCACCUCAGAUUGUCCUUCACUGGAGCGACAUUUUCGGGGCCACAAAGAUACCGUGACAGCAUUAGCUUUCAAUCCAGCUCUUCAGCAGCUUGCCUCUUGUUCACUUGACAAUUCAUUGAUGCUAUGGAAUUUUCACAAAACUGUACGAGCAUUUAGAUUUUUGGGACACACUGAUGGUGUGUUAGAUUUGACAUUCUCUCCUUCGGGGCAUUUAGUUGCCUCAGCUUCCCGAGAUCGAUCAGUGAGACUGUGGGUUCCUAGUGCUGUCAGAGGGACCUCAGGUGAAUUCCGAGCACACACAGGAAGUGUCCGUUCUGUGCACUUCUCUCCAGACGGACAUCAAUUGGUUACGUCCUCAGAUGACAAGAGUAUAAAGCUUUGGUCCGUUGCCAGACGUCGGUUUGUCUCAACACUUCUUGGUCAUAGCAAUUGGGUGAGAUGCUCACGAUUCUCACCAGAUGGAAAUGCAGUGGCUUCUUGUGCUGAUGACAAAUCGAUUAAACUGUUUGAUCCCCGCAGUGGUCAAUGUACCCAUACUUUCCAUGAAAGCAAAGGUCAUGCUUUCAAUGUGGAAUGGCACCCAAGUGGAACCUGUAUUGGGGCGGCACUCUCCAAUAAUGUGGCAAGAAUUUAUGAUGUUCGUGCGCUGAAGGUGGUUCAGCAUUAUUGCAGUCAUGAAGGUCCAGUUAAUCGAGUUGCUUUCCACCCAAGUGGCAAUUACUUGCUUACAGCAAGUCAAGAUGCAACCAUGAAGGUACUUGAUCUUCUUGAGGGGCGGCCUAUCUUCACACUGCAAGGCCAUGAAGGUGCAAUCACCUCUGUUGCUUUUUCUCCGUCAGGAGAAUACUUUGCGUCAUCCGGUGUUGAUAACCAGGUCUUUGUUUGGAAAACCAAUUUUGACAUAGAAGACUGGCAGUCAGCCCUGGGAGAAGAGACUGCUGGUCUGAAUGAGACUGUGGCUGAGUUGAAUUCGCCUGUCAAAUGCAAAGUUGAUGCAAGAACAGCCUUGAAAGAAUUGCAGCAACCUGAUCAGGUUAUUACCACAGUGAGUCAACCUCUUGAGGACAGAAAUUCCAACACAGAAAAUCAUAAAAGUGGACUACAUGGUGACAAUAAAAUGGCAAAUGAGAAAGACUGCAAUUGCCACAACACCUUUGCAGCUGAAAGAAAUCUCCAAAAUGAAACAAUAAAUUUACUCAAGGGAACAGUGGAGUUAUUGGAGCAGAGAAUGAGCCUUUUGGAAGAAAAGCUGGCGAACUUAUCAGCUAAGUGAUUAAUUUUAGUGUGACAAAUAAAAGUUUUAUCUCAUGAUA